AUGGCUAACUUGAAAGAAUAUUUUGAGUUGUCGGUCGAGCAAUCCAGAGAAGGACCCAGUAUCCAACCCGGGGGGAUAUCUGGAUCGGCCAAGAGGGGGACUGAGCGGAAGCUUGAAAAUCAGUCGUUCAAGGAAAAGUACGAGGCCAUCAUAGAAGUCGAGAAAGGCCUCAAUACCAAGAAGAAGAUAGCAGAAGAAAGCGGCCCUACUGACGUGGUUCAAAAACGCCAGACAGCAGAAUACACCCAUCGACGGCGAGACCAUGAGGGUAAAGGCAAGAUUUAUGCUGAGCAACUCGGCGUCUCAAGCACCGAGUUCGACUGUUCCGGCGGCUGGUUGGAGCGAUUCAAAAAUCGGCACGGCCUGUGUAUGAAAAAAAUCAACGGAGAAGCCAACUCUGUAGACAAGACCGACGCAGCGUACACCAUGUGGCAGUGCCGGCUAAAGACUAUCCUAGAGACUUACGCUGCCGACGACAUUUUCAAAGCCGACGAGACGGCCAUUUUCUACAGGGCACUGCCAGAGAAGACGUUAGAGUUUAAGUCCAUAGCGUGUCACGGCGGGAAGGCAAGCAAGAAACGGCUGUCGGUCAUGGUCUGCGCCAAUAUGAGUGGCACAGAAAAGUUGCCUCUGCUGAUCAUCGGCAAGUCUCUGAAGCCUCGCUGUUUUCGGAUCAUCCAUCAUCUACCGACCACCUGCCGGGCAAACAAAAAGGCGUGGAUGACGCCACACGUGUUCACCGAAUGGCUGAGUACCCUCGACGAGAAGAUGUUCCGAAAACGUCGCAAGAUCGCUAUGAUUGUAGACAACUGCCCCGCCUAUCCGGACGUCUCAGACCUGAAGGCUAUACGUUUCGUCAUCCUGCCACCAAACACCACCAGCAUCACACAGCCGAUGGACCAGGGCGUAAUCAAGAACCUCAAGAUCCACUACAGAAAACGUGUUGUUUCGAAGAUAAACGCCUGA